GACUGAGUUUGCAAUCGUUAUGGCCGUGGUGAUCCCAACACAGACACUGUUACCCCCGUCAGAGUGAGCUGUCAAACAGCAUGUGGUCAGCAGGAGAGUACGUGAUGUAACCUUCACUGAUAACUAUCUUAGUCACAACACUCAUGCUUAACAUCACAAGAUGAACACACUUAGACCUAGAAAAAGCCUUUCACUCUCCUUCACGCUCUCUGACUGUGUAUAGCCUAAACUUCCAUGUUGUGAUAUAGAAACGCAUACGAACUAGCAUAGAUAGACAAAAACAUGAAUCAUAUUCUUCAACAAAAACUUAUUUUUUAGUAGCAGUAGUAAGGAUUCUAAUAGAUUUGGUGGUUGAGUACAAAAAAAUACUGCAAGUCAGCAAACAUUCCUGGAUGUGUAUAUUUAGUUAAUCAUACGAUGGUCUCUCCUUCCUCUUCUCUGUGAUGCAAACACGCAAAACAUACUUCCCCAUUUAUCAGGUGCAAAACAGCUUUUUGCGGGUGUUGAGUCUUUGAGCAUCAGGAAUGGCCAUUAACUAAAUAUUUUGCUGACACAAGUAAACAACACCACACCUUGGGGCCAUGUGUGGGAUAGGGUAGGAAGGAUCUAAUGUCCAUCCAGCCACAACAACUAGCCUGUAGGAGAUCUGGUUCAAGACUUUUAGCUGGAGCACUAACCUAUUACAGCUACCUCAGGAAAAGACCAUAAAGGGAUAAAAGAAAAAUAGUGUUUUGAAGAGUGAGCACGCCCAUCUGUUCAGAAGCGAUUAAUCACUCAUCAAACCCACGAACCUAGAGUCUGACAGAGAGCCCCCCGGGUAAGAUGACAUUUCAUCACGGGACACGGACACACGCAAGACAGCAGUCCACAUAAACUACACGUCUUCGGAAGUUCGGCAGUAAAGUGCAAACUCCUCACAGACAGGAGGUACGACCACUGGGUGGACAUUGUUGGACGUUGACACCACUCUACAAGAGAAGGAGAUUUCUUCACUUUAGAGGGACUGACAUCCUGGAUACUAGGGUUCACUUACACCAUAUUGCAAGCCAGUGAGGUGUUUACACAAAACCUUGGACAAAGACUGGACACUGCGAGAUAUUAUCAGCAAGCCAGGAGAGAGAGAAGGAAGGACAAACACUGCAAAUAAAACAGCAGAAGAAGAAACUGCCAAGAGGAGGAAAGCCAGAGAUGGGGGACAUCUCACCUCAAAGAGAGGAACCUGACACCAAACCAGCAGCUGCUGAGAAGGAGGAAGACAAAGACAAGACAGAGUACGACAGAGCAUCAGCCCAAGACAAGAAUGAAAAUGAACGGGGGACAACAGAGGAAGAAAGAGGGGACCCAGUGGGAGGAGCCAAUGGAGAGAAUGCAGGGGCAGGGCCAUCAGAAGCAGCCUAUGAGAAAGAAGAAGGAAGUCCGAGAGGGGAGGGGCUGGAGAGUGCUAAACUUCAGGAGCAAAAUGACACGCAACCAGCGGAGAUAGAGGAGGGAGUGACGGAGAAAGGGGAAGACAAAGAGAGGGGAGAAACACCAACAGACGGCGAGAGAAACACAGAGUCAGGAAAGCAAAGCUUAGAAGAUAAGGAGAAGGAUGUUCAGAGAAAGGAGGAGAAACAAAGUGACAAACAAGCGAAAGGCGAAACGAAGGCAGAGAAUCCCGUGGAACGAGAGGAGGAGGCAGGACCCGAGAAAGCGAAGGAUGAUGCGAAGGGAAAAGCAAAAACCAAAAGGAAGCCGACCACCACGCCAGCCGCCCCCCCCGCCCUGUCCCGUCCCCGCAGCUCAGCGCACUCAUUGCGAGCUUCUACAAAGAAGGACAUAAUGGCCAAGUUCCAGAAGGACGCCGGAGAGAAACCGGUCACUCGCAAUUUCAAGGUGCAGAAGUCAUCUAUAGGUUCUGGGGGAGGCAUGGGAGGCUCCAUCAAGCAGAAGGUGCUCCAAUGGUGUCAGAACAAGACCCGUAAUUAUGAGAGCGUGUCCAUCGAGAACUUCUCCUCGUCUUGGGCAGAUGGCCUCGCCUUCUGCGCCCUGGUCCAUCGCUUCUUCCCCGACGCCUUCGAUUUCUCCUCUCUUCAAGCGGAUGAGAGAGAAAAGAACUUUACCCUGGCCUUCAGCACAGCAGAGUCAAAGGCUGACUGCUGCCCCCUACUGGAGGUGGAGGAUAUGAUACUAAUGGGGCACAAGCCUGACCCUCUGUGCGUCUUCACGUACGUGCAGUCCCUCUGUCAGCACCUGUCCAAGGUCGAGAAGGAAAGGAAAGAAAAGAAGGCAGCGAGCGAAGACAACCAGGGGGAAAGCAAGAAUGAACCUGAGGCUGGGGCGGAAGAGAGGAGCGAGGCGGGAGGUGAUAAGGGAGGUGGGGAGGCUGCAGAGGAGGCGAAGGGGAGAAGCGAAGGGGAGGGGGGAGAGGAAAAGGGUUUGGGGGAGGCGGCGAUGGAAGCCCAGGCCAAAGGGGAGGAGGGAGGUGGAGAGGAGGGGACGGUAGAGGAGGAACCAGCUGUCUGACGUCUAAUGGGCAAGAACAAAACACAAAAAGGAAAAGUAGCCAGUAGCGACUCGCUGAAGAGUACUGAACAAAAAGGACAGACGAUGAAUGGUUCCAUAAGCUACAUCAUCAAGUCUUAGACUGAGAAUAUGAUGCCAUGUGAAAGAGGCACAGUGGUGAAGAUAUUUCAGGUUUUCAAAAACUUACACGUUUUUGUGAAACAUCGAGAGAAAAGCAAGCUUAAUGUUCUCCUCGAAAAUUUUUGCAACGUUAUGCUUGUUUUUUUUUAACAUAAUUAAGAAAUACAAGGAUUGUCGUGUGAAUAAAGGAAACCAAUGUUUCUGUAAAACAUCAAAAUUUAUGUGGAUUUCGAAAGUUAAAAUGUACCACAUUGUGCUUCAAUAUUGUGUUCUACUUAGCUGUUAGAUUGUUGCCAUGUGUCGCAAAAAGAUAUUGCAGGAAAUUAGUUGUAAAUCCAGUGUUAUUUGUUAAUGCUACAUUAAUAAAAAAUAUUCAAAGUAAAACA